AGCCAGUACGCAGGCGCGCGCUCUAGGGCGGAAGCGAGAGUCCGCGGCUGCACGUGGGGUCUGGGGCGAUGGAGGGGGCGAUGCUGCCUGAUGCCAAGAUCCGCACUGAGUCCGGAACAGAGUCCGGCCCACGGGGCCCUGGCUGCAGCCUCCGGCACUUUGCGUGUGAACAGAACCUGCUCUCCCGGCCUGACGGCUCUGCCUCUUUCCUGCAAGGGGAUACAUCGGUCCUGGCGGGCGUGUAUGGGCCAGCCGAGGUGAAGGUCAGCAAAGAGAUCUUCAACAAGGCCACCCUGGAGGUGAUCCUGCGGCCGAAGAUCGGGCUGCCUGGCGUCGCGGAGAAGAGCCGGGAGCGGCUGAUCAGGAACACGUGUGAAGCUGUGGUAUUGGGAACGCUGCACCCCCGCACCUCCAUCACUGUGGUGCUGCAGGUCGUCAGCGACGCUGGCUCUCUCCUGGCCUGUUGCCUGAACGCCGCCUGCAUGGCGUUGGUGGAUGCAGGGGUGCCCAUGCGGGCCCUCUUCUGUGGGGUCACCUGUGCUCUGAACUCUGACGGCACCCUCGUGCUGGAUCCCACAGCCAAGCAAGAAAAGGAGGCCCGGGCCGUCCUGACCUUUGCGCUCGACAGCGUGGAACGGAAGCUGCUGAUGUCCACCACCAAGGGGCUCUACUCCGAUGCUGAGCUCCAGCAGUGCCUGGCCACGGCCCAGGCUGCCUCGCAACACGUCUUCCGCUUCUACCGGGAAUCGCUGCAGAGGCGUUACUCCAAGAGCUGAGACAAGCCGGGGCAGGGCGCCCCUCCCGUGGCUGCCGCCGCCCCCCACUACCUCCGCGGAAAAUAAACCAGCAGCUGGCCUCGCCUCUCAGUCCCUGUGCACCCAGAUGCGCUUGUGGGCCUGGGGGCACGGACCCACCUUGCUCCCCCCAAAAGCCUUUCCGACUGGGAAACCCCCCUUCUCCACCCGCCAGUCUGACCGAUACCUGUGGGGCACCCGGGGUAAAGAAUGACCCCCCCUCCAGGUCCCAGGUUCAAGGAGCAGCAGGGUGAGGGGCAAAGAAAAUCAGCGUUUGUCAGGUGGUGGUAAAUGCUAUGAAGAAAGCGAAGAGCAGGGACGGGGUUUGGGGAGGGCGAAUUUAAUACGUUAGUGAGGGACAUCUGCGGGGGGUGGGGUGCAUCCGAGGGAAGCCCGGGAGGAGGCCUCCGGGAGGUGGGGCACCAGCAAGGCUUCCGUGUGGCUCUGGUGGUGGCUGGAGCAGAGCGAGAUGGGUCGGGGAGGGAACGGGCACAGUGGUGAGGCCCUGUGGGUCUUAGCAUCCCGGUCUUAGCCUGAAGAAACGGGCUCAGCAGCCAGUGAGCUGCCAGAUGUCACCAGUGAGUCCGAGUCCAGCCCCAGAGCCUGUCACUGCUCAGAAAGGCUGGGGAGACACCAGCACAGUCUUGACUGCAGUUCCCCAUCUGUAACCGGAAGUGACUGGGGCCCAUGUUUCUCGUGGCGUGGUAGCACCCCCCCCAGGGUGUAUGGAAAUAUGGGGGGGUGGUUAGUUGCCAUUUGACCGCUCGGUCCCUCGCCCCCGUAUUUAGCGGGCAGGAGCUAAGAACAUGAGAGCAUCCCUCGAGGAGUAACCGUCCCACAGCUGGGCCACAUGGUCACCAGAUUCUGUGGGGCAUUGACAUUUGGGGGUUUGCAGUGAAAAUUAUAUGUCUGGCGGGCCCUCUGCUGCGUGCUUCACAUGCUUGAACUAGUUCACGCAGUUCCCACAAUUGCCCCCUUAGAGCCUGUGUCAUUUUCGUCCCCAGUAACCGAGAAGGAGAAGCAUCAAAGUCUUUAGCUUGAAAUUCCGUGCCGUGAGACGGGAGAACUCCAAACGGGAAAGUGUUUUCUUCUAGUAAGAUCCACUGGAAUGGCAUUAAACAGAGAACUAAA